UUUGCGUCACUGACGGUGAGACUAAACCGCUUUGUGCACUGGGUGAUAUUGGCAUAGCAACAGCGCGCGACAGUAUUAAUAGAAACGGGACUGCCAGGCCAGGGGGGAGGGCAAAGGGAAAAAAGACGCCAGGCCAGGCCACUACGGGGACAGUUGCAGGUCCGGGCCAGAAGGGGGCGGAUGCGACGUUUGACGGGCUUUUGCGCAUCUUGAUCAUCCCACAGCCAAGUGGGGACCGCCCUGAGUUGCUGAGCAGCAGGAUGGAUCCCUGUUGGCUUCUUUCUCUGUAUGCUGUGGGCUGCUCUGUGCUGCUGCUGCUGCUGCUGCUGCUGCUGCUGAGAACUGAGAGAACUACGACGAUAUCAGUAAGCACUGCGGCCGGGGAUGGUGGUUGCGAGAAGCCUGUUUGGGAAUCGCCUCGACUAGAAGAGCGAAUAGCCGGCAGCCUGCGAGGCGUCCGUGUCACCAGAAGCGUCGAGCUUAGCCUCUGGGACAGGGCCAAGCGUCACAUCAGCAACGGCGGAUGCAACACACUGUGUGGCCGUGCUCGCAGAGAGGCUUGAUUUGGAAUACCCCGGGCUAAAAGGCUCGCAUAUCGUUGCGUUGGCUGACAGAAGUUGUUAAUUUGGGGUCGAGAUACCGUCGACAAUGGAACUUGAAGUUUAAAGAAAGAAGAUGCCAAGAGGGCAUUGAGGCCGGAAAUCAAUAGCUCAGGCUUUGUUUACUUCGU